GGCCCGACCCCGGCGGCGAGGCCGCCGCGGCGGCCGACGAGCACGCGCUCCUGCAGCUCGGGCGGCUCAAUGCGAGGACCGCGCCCGCGGGCGGCCAUCCCCAGGCGGCGCCGGCGACCGCGCCAGCGGCGAGCCCCGGGCUGCCGGAGGUCGAGGCCGUGCCCCGCUCCCCGCACGUUGCGCCCCGCGCGGCCGCGGGGGCGCGGCCGCCACCCGACGAGUCCGCGCGGCCGGGCGGCGACGGCGACGGCUGCACGCGGCGCACCCGCACCCUCACGGCAGCGGUCCUGG